AUGUUUAUUGUAGAGAGUUCUCCGGAUAACUGUAGAGGUUUUGCAAGUGCUUUUCUAAUAUUUGCUUUUGUCAUUACAAAACUGGUUAUGUUUUCUGUCGCUUCACCGAACUUAUUGGGAACAUCACAGGUAUGGUUUGUUUUCCCAUUAUUUGGAAUGAUAAGUUCAACGAUAGUUUUUUGUUUCAUGGUGCAACUACCAGAAUCUCCAAAAUGGCUCAUUCAACAAGAUAAAGUGGAAGAAGCUAAAGUUUCGAUCAGAUUUUAUCACGGAAAAAAUUGCACUAUACAUGAGGUGGUAACUUCUUUCAUUAAAGAAAAAAACUUGACAGACAAAAAUAGAAUUUCUUUGAAGCAAAUUUGGGAUAACGAAACUCUUAGAGAAGGGUUGAAAAUAGUAUUUGCACUGUUACUGUUUCUUGAAUUUGACACAUCGUAUGUAACAUCAGUUUACACUAUUGAUAUGCAUAAAUCAGCUGGAUUCACUGUUCAACAAGCACUGAAUAUCAAUUUAAUAAUCACAAUUUUCUCCCUACCCACAAAAUUCUUCGGUACAUUUUUAUCAGAUUCUAUUGGAAGAAGGCCAAUUUUUGUUAUAGCUGCUCUUUUGCAGUAUUUCCGAACAUGCAUUAUAUUCAGUCUUGAGAUUACAAUUUACAUAUUUGGAUCGAGUUGGUUAACAAGAAUUACAUAUAAUAUGGUUGAAUUUUUGGCAGCACUUGUUUCAGCAACAGGUGUGAAUUCUCUCCGCUUGUUGCUCACAAUGGAAUUGUUUCCUCCGUCGGCUAGGACAGUUAUAGGACAGACGCAAAUGAUCGCCUCAAUAUUAAUUGGCUUUCCGAUUCUUUCUUCUUUCCCAAUCAUCAACACCAUGUUUCCUCCCAUCUUUUUCGUCCCAUUUGUAAUCACACAAUUGCUACUUGGAAUCUAUCUUUUCAGACACAUGCCGGAAACACGUGGUCGGGCAGUAUAUGACAUUAUUGAGUCACUGGACAAAAACGUCGCUUCUAGGGCCACAUCAAUCUUGGAAGAAAAUACUCCUCUCAUCAAAAAUCGGGCUAGAACCUUUGGCGCAAAACGAAAUAGCAUUUUGAACACGCCUCGUUCUCGGGCUGUGACAUUCAACCACAAGUUCGAUUCAGAAAGUUAAAUACUUUCCUAGUUGAUAAGAAGUUUUCGUGGUCUUGAAUCAAUGUACUUUUUGCAUACAAUGCUUUAUAAGGAGCCUUUGAUUUGAUAAAAGUUUUGAUUAAA